UAGAUAAUACCAAAAACUUUUUAGCUGUGUGUUGUUUUUGUUUUUUUUAAUUUAAGGUGAAUGUUCGACAUAGUUUUUCAAUGUUAUUAUGGCCAGUCUUCACUAUAAAGUACUGUUACCUCUAUACUUGGAAAAUUUAAGAAGUUAAAACCCAUAUGACUCGAACAUCUAAGUUAUGUAAAAUUAAUCAAUAUUCUAAUUGCGUAAAUAAUUGCUGACCUCAGAUCUGUUACAGACUUUUUUAGUUAUUAGAGGUUGUAACAUUAGCUUUUUCAAAAGAAAAUAUAUCAUCUACUUUAAAUGUUUCUUUUCUCAAUGAAACUCAUACGGGUUACAUUGGAAUUUUGUGAAAAUUUAUGCGCUUAUAUCACUAUUACAGUAUUAGAACACGCCCGGGGAAAUUUGUAAGUUACCAAAUAAACGAGUUUCUUAGUAUAAAAGAACGGCGUUUCUUUACAUUUACAUUAUGAUAAAUGCCAUAAUUACACGUAAAUAUCAACGUCUACGCCAACACUGCUCGGUUAAGAUAAGAACAGGUCACGUGUCAUUUAUGGAAGAGUUAAAUUACUUUUACAAAUUUGUUCAGGUCACCGAUUAUAUUAACUUGCGUCUAUACUUGCGCAAUAUCGUUAUAUUAUGUUUGAAUCUUGCAGCUGGAAAAGUGUAAAACAAUUUCUUUGCAUAAGUAUAAUUCAAUAUUAUCAUGAAACUUUCGGUAAGAAUUCGUGGAGACUGGUUUGCUGUGCCGUGUAAAGCCAACGACAAGGUAAGGUAUUUUGGCGAUGAGUCAUUAAAGAGAUACUACAAGAAACAUAAUAUCGGAGAGAAAAAUGAAAAGGUGUUUGAAGUCAGGAAAGCUAAAGGAGGGGCGAUUUUAGAUCCGGAUGACUCUAUCAAAGAUGUUCUCGACGACAACGACUUUGUUACUGUUGUUCUCCAUAGUGAUAUGUCAAGUCCGAUCACGGGGCCAGCAGAACCUGUUUAUCUGGAAGAAAAAAUCGCAACGUCGGAUGUAUCUUUAGAGUAUAUAUCAGUAGAUGGUAACAGUCUUAAUGCUGACGAUCUGGUUCGUUUGGGAAAAGGUCAUUUCCUUUUAAGGCUAACCCCGGAAGCAGAAACAGCCGUUAACAAAGGAAGAGAACUAUUGGAGGAUAUUGUCAAUCAAAACAAAGUUGUUUAUGGUAUAACGACCGGAGUUGGUAAAUUUGCAAGAACGUUAAUCGGCAAGGAAAAGCUUGUAGAACUUCAGGAAAAUCUUAUCCGAUCCCAUGCAGCUGGAGUUGGUAAUCCAUUGUCACCUGAAAGGACUCGUAUGUUACUGGCACUUAGGAUCAAUGUUUUAGCAAAGGGAUACAGUGGAAUUUCUCUAACAAAUUUGAAAAAGUAUAUUGCCGCAUUCAAUGCCUCGUGCUUGUCAUGGGUCCCUGAGAAAGGAACUGUAGGUGCGAGCGGAGACUUGGCACCUUUGUCUCACCUUGCACUGGGUAUGAUGGGUGAAGGUAAAAUGUGGAGCCCCAGAAGUGGAUGGGCUGACGCUAAAUAUGUCUUAGAAUCAUACGAUCUCGAGCCAAUUUCACUCGGACCAAAAGAGGGUAUUGCACUUAUCAAUGGAACUCAGCUUAUAACAUCACUUGGCGCAGAAGCUGUUGAGAGAGCGGGGGCAAUUUGUCGACAAGCGGACAUUAUUUCAGCACUUUCACUGGAGGUUCUAAAGGGCACGACAAGAGCUUUUGACAGCAACAUACAUCGUGUUCGUCCACAUCCGGGACAGGUAAAGGUUGCCGGAAGACUAAGAUCAUUGCUUCAUUCGGACACACAUCCCUCAGAGAUUGCAAAGAGCCAUAUAUUUUGCGACAGAGUACAAGAUGCAUAUACCCUGAGAUGUUCCCCACAGGUUCAUGGUAUAUCAGCUGACACAGUGGAAUUUGUCCGUGGAGUAAUUACUACUGAAAUAAACAGUGCAACUGAUAACCCUAUGGUGUUUGCAGAUCAGCAAGAGAUAAUAUCUGGCGGUAAUUUCCAUGGAGAAUAUCCAGCAAAGGUGCUUGAUUACCUUGCUAUUGCUGUGCAUGAACUUGCAAACAUCAGUGAACGUAGAAUAGAAAGACUUGUAAACCCUGCAUACAGCGAGUUGCCGGCAUUUCUGACACAAGAUGGAGGUCUGAACUCCGGAUUUAUGAUUGCACAUUGUACAGCAGCCGCCCUUGUGUCGGAGAACAAGGUUUUAUGUCAACCUGCUUCCGUGGACUCUCUGACGACAAGCGCAGGGACAGAAGACCACGUGUCUAUGGGAGGGUUUGCUGCAAGGAAAUGUGUAACUGUAGUUGAACAUGUAGAGCAAGUACUGGCAAUAGAACUUCUGGCGGCAUGUCAGGCCAUUGAGUUUUUACGGCCAUUAAAGACAACAGCACCACUGGAGGCUGUUUAUAAGCUUGUGAGGACAGUUGCAGCACAUUGGACUAAGGACCGCUACAUGGCUCCUGACAUAGAUGCUGUAACCAAACUUCUACAGGAAGAAAAGGUCUGGUUCACGGCCAAACCUUACAUGGAGAAUUACCACGCUGCACAGGAUAUUGAAACACGUGUUCUUUCUCCAACUACAGCCUACUAAAGAAGGACCUGCUCCAAAGAGACGCAGGGUUGCAAGUGAACGCAAGAAUAGAUAAAAACGACUAUUUCGAAUGUUACUUUGAUAGAAGAUAAAAUGUUUACAGAAAAUUCGUUUGUCUUAAUUGUUAUAAAGUAUAUUAAAAUGAUGAUAAAUCUUCUGAUCUUAAAAUGUUUAAAGGUGCUUUUUAGUUUUUCCUUUUUCUCACACAAACAGUAAGUCAUCGCAAAACAAUUCUUAGAAUUGCAUCUUUUAUGCAAUAUGUGCUGAUUUUUAUGUUAGAAUUAUUAUAUAAAACGGUAAUAGUUGAUAUUUUUGCAUUUAUUGUCAUUAUGCUACAAAUUACGUUUUUGUAUUUGUUAAAUGCACUAAUCUCGUAAAAUAUGUCAUUAUACUGAACUUAAAUUCACUGUAAAAAUCUAUCAGGACAUAUGGCUAUAAUGUUCUGAAAUACACUUGACCCAUAUUCAUCAAAAAUUUUAAUUUAGAAGUAGUUAACCCCGUAGGUAUAGACCACAUUUUCCCUAUAUAUUCUAUUCAAAUCCGCCACUUUUAUUUCGGAGGAGUCAAUUUUUGCCUUGGUCAUCCUAUCAUUUCUAUAUAAAGCCGCCAAACUACUUUUAGACUUUAGACUUUAUUCAUACAAAUGAACGUUGUAGUUAUAGAAUGCAUUUUCAAGUUUCACAGGAAUCUAUGCCAGCUUAAAAAUAACAGAGCAAACAGAAAAUUUAACACUAGAAUUUAACUUUUAUACUUAAAAUUUGAUGAAUAUGGGCCAAAUAUGGCUUGUCACUGAUUGUGCGAUGACUGGACAUAUUGCAGACCCAGUUAAAAUUAGUCUUUAAAUCCACACAAGGGCCGGCCUGGUUUAUUGAGUGCCCCAGUUCCUGCUCUGUCAUGCCCUUAAUGGUGUUUUGUUGGUGAUCUGGCGUCUGCAAUGUCUUUCAGUAUGUACGUUUAUGGUUGCAUCGGUUUAUAUAUAUAAUCUUUACAUGAGCAUGUUUGUGUUAUAUAUAUACCUUACCACCAGCAAUUUGCUGGUACCCAUUUACAGCUGGGUCGACUGAGGCAAUCGUGAUAUAGUGCCUUACCCAAGGACACACCGCAAUGGGAGUAGCCAGGAAUCGAACCCGGGACCUUCACCUUCAUAGGAAAGUGUCUUAGCCCUCUCGACCAAUGCGUCCACACAACUAUAAUUAAAAUCUGUACAUUGUAGGCAAAUGUUACAUUUAACCUGGUUAAGAUUUAUGAAAUGUGCUACCUAAAAGGCAGAGCUCCUUUGAAAAAUCACCAAUGCCCUAUAAAAAUUUAAAGAAGAAGUGAUAUCGCAAGUGCCAUAUCUGGUAUUACGGAUGCUUUUUAUGAAGUUUAUGUUAUAUCAACAAUUAUUUGCAUUAAUGAUAACACAUAAUUAUGAAUAAAAUAUAAGUUUGUUACGAAUGUUGUACUGCAUUAACGUACACUAUGCAGUGGGGGAGUGUCUUGCUUUAACGGUUUUCUUUCACAUUUCCAAAGAAAAAGCAUGCUAUGCAGCAUACCAAAAUGAAGGGGACAGAUUAAGCUAUACAAGGGUACCAUUUUGAUAAGAUUUCAUUAAGAAAACAAAAUAUGUAAAACUCUAUUGUUUAAACAAAAUCAACUCUCUCAUCAGUACUUCAAACGAUCCAAACUUUUUCGUGCUGUCUGGCAGUCUCACAAAAAAUUUUUCUGAAUUGUCAGAAAACCGAAAAAGAGUUGCAUAGAAUUCAUUUAUUUUGGGGUCUCCGAUUUCUUCCUCGUUGAAUUAAAAGUGUGUAAUUCAAGAAUGGGUUAAUUUAUUACAAAACUGUGACAUGUAUAUUUUUAUAUAUCACUCUUAAAAAAACACUUAUUCAUAAAUAAAGACAGUCAGUCAAAACCAGUUAUAUUUACCUGGUGAAAAAAAUCACACAUGUAUAUAAUUUCGGUUACAUCAAAGCAAUAUAACUCCCAUUAACGCUAGAGCUAGAGCCUCUAGAGCCUUGGAUGACAACUUUAUUCAGACUCAGGAAAUCAAAUGCUAAGCUGAUGAUCCAGAAAUACCGCGACUAAAUUUAUAUCCUGGCUGUUUGUUUGUUUGUUUUUUUAGAUUGUGUUAUUGUAAACACAUGGC